AUGGCACUAGAUGCUGGAGGAGGCAAGAAGGUAGCCAUUAUUGCCGGGGUUCUCCUGUGCUUGGCGGCUGUCGGAGUCUGCGGGUACCUUGUGCUCAGUGGAGAAAGUAAAGGGGAUGAGGAAACUGUUGACGGCGACCCUUCACCAGCAGGGGGAGCAGGUGGAGCAGGAUAUGGCGGUGGCGGCGGCAGUAGCGGCGGAACUAGCGGCGGCGGCGGCACUAGCGGCGGCGGCGGCAGCGACGACAGCGGCGGCAGUGGCAGCGACAGCUCCCAUGGACCGCCGGUGAAGAGCAACUUUAUUCUAUGCACAGUCGGCGUGACUUUCGACGACCCCAAAAAAUACAGCGGUAUUCCGUGUGACUAUAUUGUCUACGACAAUGUCCUCCUGCACAACGGCCGUGUGGUGCCGACACAAGACUUCGAAGGCUGGAGAAACUUCAAGAUCUCCGGCUUUAAGAACACGAUCCUUGGAAUUGGGUUCAUGGCAAUGUACUUCACGGACAUUGCUGCGAUGCUGAAAGACCAGGCGGUCCAGUCUGACCUGCAGUCCCUCAUGAAAGAUUCGGGCAUCGCGGCCUUUGGCAUCCUGAACCUGGACAUUCCGGCCGAUAGCGCGACGCUCAAGAAGGGCUUAGCGGAUUUUUUCGGUAGCUUGGAUGACAUAACUAAGAGUACGGGCACCUACUUCUGUGGCUUCAAACUCCCAAAUGUGGAUAAGUUUGAUAAUCUCAACGAAUUCCUCACUGGUCUCCCGGUACAGCUCGCCAUUAUCCAGACGCAUAACAGUGGCUGGCCGAUCGCCCUCAACCAGAAGGAUUGUAAAAUCGUACCAAGCUCAUCUUGGACUCAUCUAUACGGCCAGUCCUUUGAGAGGGUUUCGUACGCCUUGCAGAAGGUGACGGCUCCGCCAAUACCAGUCGGCGUCUCCUUCAGCAUGGCUGUCAACAGCUACGCCAGCGAAAGCGGAGCGUCAGUGGACGAUAGCAUCAAAGCAUUUCCUUCAACAUGCGCGUUCAGAGCAGAGGAGGGCUAUCAGAACUGGUGCAAACCUGCCACUGGUGGCUCGGAUGGCACGAAGGACGAAAUGGCUGUUAGAAAGUAUGGCGCAGUUCGCCGAAACAUGGCGUCCUUGGACACGAAGGAGAGCAUGAAGGCAAAAUUUGAUAAGUUGAAGACAUCAGUGAAGUACAGCGUCGGGCUGUUGUUGCUCGACAUACAAUUCGACUACAUCGACGACCCGACCCUGUGCCCUGGUUAUGCGUCCCUGGACAGAGUGAAGUACAUAGGAGACAUUGUGCGCAAGCAAUAACGGGGAAAAAAGUGUCUUUCGAACAUGUGAUGUCCAAUAAAAAAAAUACCUUUUGUUUA